GUCGCUGCUCACUUUAGCCCCCAAACAAAUCCUCAUAUUCCCUCCAACUCCCCUCACCCUCCCAAAACCUCUGUAACUCCUCCCUCACCCCCCCCCCUCUCUCUCUCAGCUCUGGUUAUACCGAAAACGAUGUCGUUCGUACUCGGUCUCGUCAUCGGUCUCGCAGUCGGCCUCGCAAUCAUCGUCGGCUUCGUCCGGUCAGAGAACUCGCGAUCCAAGCUCCGUUCUGAACUCGCAACGACUAUUGCUGCUUUUGCGAGGAUGACUGUGGAGGAUUCCAGGAAGUUAUUGCCGGCCGAGUAUUAUCCUUCUUGGGUCGUCUUCUCUCAGAGCCAGAAGUUGAAAUGGCUUAAUCUUCACCUUACCAAGAUCUGGCCCUAUGUGAAUGAGGCUGCUUCUGAGCUCAUAAAGGCUUCUGUUGAGCCAGUAUUGGAACAAUACAGGCCCUUCAUACUAUCAUCUCUAAAGUUUUCUAAGUUCACUCUUGGGACUGUUGCGCCUCAAUUUACUGGAGUUGCCAUUAUUGAAGAUGGAGGCGAUGGUAUUACAAUGGAGUUGGAAAUGCAAUGGGAUGGGAAUCCUAGUAUAAUACUUGAUAUUAAGACGAGGUUUGGUGUGGCACUACCGGUUCAGGUGAAAAAUAUUGGAUUCACCGGGGUUUUCAGGUUGAUGUUUAAGCCACUAGUCGAUGAGUUUCCUUGCUUCGGAGCUGUUUGUUACUCUCUCAGACAAAAGAAAAAGUUGGAUUUUAAACUUAAAGUUAUUGGUGGCGACAUAUCAGCAAUUCCAGGAGUUUCUGAUGCUAUUGAGGAGACAAUACGUGAUGCUAUUGAAGAUUCUAUUACAUGGCCUGUUCGAAAAGUUAUUCCCAUAUUGCCUGGGGAUUACAGUGAUCUGGAGUUGAAGCCUGUGGGAACAUUAGAAGUAAAGCUUGUGCAAGCUAAGGAGUUAACUAAUAAAGACCUCAUUGGGAAAUCAGAUCCUUAUGCUGUAUUGUAUAUUCGUCCUUUACCAGAUAGAAUGAAGAAAAGUAGAACAAUUAACAAUGACUUGAACCCCAUUUGGAAUGAGCACUAUGAAUUUACUGUUGAAGAUGCAUCCACCCAGCACGUGGUGGUAAAAGUUUAUGAUGAUGAAGGACUUCAGGCAUCAGAGCUCAUUGGAAUGGCUCAAGUACGACUGAAUGAACUUGAGCCUGGCAAAGUAAAGGAUGUGUGGUUGAAUCUGGUUAAGGAUCUGGAUAUUCAGAGAGAUAAUAAAUACCGAGGGCAGGUGCAAUUGGAGCUUUUGUACUGUCCUUUCAAUAUGGAGAAUGGAUUUAAAAACCCUUUUACUGACAACUAUACGAUGACCUCUUUGGAAAAGGUGCUUAAAGAUGGGGUGAAUGGGAAGGGUGCUAUUGAAAAUGGAAAUUCAAUCUCACAGAAAAAAAGGGAGGUUAUUAUUAGAGGUGUACUCUCGAUAACUGUGAUAUCUGCUGAAGAUUUGCCUGUGGUAGAUCUGAUGGGAAAGGCUGAUCCUUACGUUAUAGUCACAAUGAAAAAAUCAGAGGCAAGAAAGAAAACUAGGGUUGUGAACGACAGCUUGAAUCCCGUUUGGAAUCAGACUUUUGACUUCGUUGUUGAGGAUGGUUUACAUGAUAUGUUAAUUAUUGAAGUUUGGGACCACGACACAUUUGGGAAGGACUAUAUGGGGAGAUGCAUUUUGACAUUGACAAGGGUCAUAAUGGAAGGGGAAUACAAAGAUUGCUUUCAGUUAGAUGAGGCUAAAUCCGGAAAAUUAUGGCUGAACCUCAAGUGGAUGCCCCAACCAAUUUAUCGCGACACCUGAGUUAUAUUUCCAAAGCUGCCGCUGGAUGUAAGAUUACAGGGGAUGUUUCACUGUGACUCCAUAAAUUCAUACACUAGGUCAUCACCAACACCUGCAUGUAAAUUAGAUAAUAAAUAAACCUCACAUGAGUUUGUGAUAUCAAGCACUUGAAUGUACAUGAUUUUCUAGCGAUAGUAGGUUCGUAAAGGAUGAAGAAGACUGGGACUGAGAGUGGGGUUGGGGAGGGAAAAGGUUCUUGUACUUUAUUUGUACAAUGCUCAUACUUCGACAGUUAUCAAUACUGUAAUUUUGUUCUUUACCUGAGAA